AUGGCUUCGAAAAAAUUAAGCGGAUCUGCGAACCGUAAACGAAAACUUCGAUGGGAGGAAGAAGAAAAUUCUCAAGAGUCGAAUUUAAAAAUUGUGGUAGAGGAACCAGUUGCUUCGUCUUCUUCAGGUAGCAUUGCAGUUAACGAUCCGAUCAUUAACUAUGGCGAUCCGGCAUUUUGGCCUUUUCCGCUUAGUAACACUGUUCGUUUGGUAGAAUUACUAGGAAAAUAUGACGUCACUAUGCAUGAGCAUCUCCGACGCAUUUCAUCCCAAGAAACUCAUGUUCAUUAUUGCAGUAACACUAUUCAAAAUGAAAUUAUCACUUUGAUGGGAUCAAAUGUUAAAAAUACAAUAUUAGAUCGUGCCAGGCAAGCAAAAUACUACAGUAUAAUUUUAGAUUGUACUCCUGAUUUGAGUCACACAGAACAACUUUCUGUUACAAUACGAUUUGUCGAUGUAUCCAGUGAUGUGUCCCCCAAAGAACAUUUCAUUACUUUUCGAGCAGUUCAUGAAUCGUCUGGUCAGUCCUUGUUUGAUAUAAUUUUAAAGGUAUUAGAAGAACUCAAUUUAGAUAUUAAAGAUUGCAGAGGACAAGGCUACGAUAAUGAGUCCAACAUGAAAGGAAAGAAUAAAGGUGUUCAAGCUCCUUCUGUUGAAAGGUGGAAAAUAUUAACUGAUACUGUGCCAGCUUUUACAGUAAAACCACUUUGUACAACCCGGUGGGAGAGUCGUAUCGAGUGUUUAAAGCCGUUGCGCUACCAAGUUAUUGAAAUACAUGAUGCUCUGCUAACAUUAAGUGAACACGGUUCCUCUGAUCCUGCAAUUAAGCAUGAAGCGCAAACCCUCGCGUCACAAUUAUGCGAUUACAAUUUCCUUGUUAUGCUCGUUAUCUGGUACGAUAUUUUGUUUCGUAUCAAUAUUGUGAGUAAAUCUAUGCAAUCAAAUACAAUGGACCUCGGAUCCGCCGUUUCGCUCAUGGAAUCUUGUGCCGAAUAUAUAGAAAAUUAUCAACUUAAUGGAUUUGCUAAAGCGUUAGUAGAUGCAAAGGAACUUGCUAAAAGUUUAGAUGUAGAUCCCAUAUUUGUGCAGAAACGAGUAAAUCGAAAAAAACGCAUGUUUAAUUACGAACAUAGUGAUGAAACCAUGUCUGAUCCUCAAAAUCUUUUUAAAACAAAGAUUUUUUACGUUAUAGUAGAUACUGCAAUAACAUCACUCAAAGAAAGAUUUAAACAACUCAAGGAAUUCCAAGAUACUUGGUUCUUCUUGUUUGAUAUAAGUAAGUUACCCGAAAUAGAAGAGUUGAAAAAGUGUUGUUCCAACCUUGAAGAUAAACUCAGACACGGGAAUAAUUAUGACAUCCUCAGAAAUGAAUUAUAUGACGAGUUGCAAUCUACUAGUAGUUUAAUCUCAAAAAAUAUUUAUGAUCCAUUGAAUGUUCUUAAAUUCAUAAAUCAAAACAACCUGCAAUCGGUUUUGCCAAAUCUUUGGACGGCAUUGCAAAUAUUACUGACUAUACCUAUCACAGUUGCAAGUGGAGAACGCAGUUUUAGCAAAUUAAAGUUAAUUAAAACCUAUUUGCGUACAUUCACAAGUGAUGACCGUUUAAGUGUACUAGCGAUAUUAUCAAUUGAGAACGAGAUUACUCAAAAAAUAGACCUUGCUAAAGUUAUAAAAAGUCUAUCGGAUUUAAAAGCACGAAAAAAAUCAUUUUGA